UUGUCUCUCUCGCUACUCCAUCCCUUCCUCCUUAUCGUAUCUCUCUCUCUGUCUGUCCACCGCUCACCACCGCACUCACUCGACUGGCUGCGAUGCGAUGUAUCCCUUUCUGUCUGCAGCCGUCUGCUCUCUCGGCAACCAACCGACCAACCGACCAACCGACCAGCCAACCAACCAACCAACCAACCAACCAGCUACGAAUGCGAUUCAGCUAUCUAUGUGUCUGUCUGUUGGUCUGUCUGCGGCCCAUCCACCCCGACAACCCCACCACUGACGGACGGCCUCUGCUCACGGUCCACCACCGACUACGACCCCUUGCUUGCGACAGAAGGCUAUGCUAUCUAUCUCCUUCUUCCCGCCACCGCCACCCUCCUCCGCUGCCUCGAUCGCCGCCUGUCCGCCUCCUGAGCCGUGACGCCGACGUAGGACCCCAUCUCUCCCAGCAGCCGCUUCUCCAUCAGCCGCGGGCAUUUCCUCACUCCGGCGUCCCUCUCCUCGGGCGGCAGCAGGUUGUCCAUCAUCUCCACAGCCUCCCUCUGACGCUUCCUGUUGCCCGCCGCCUCCUGUGCAGUCAGCUUGGCGUAGUUCAUGUCUCUCAUAGUGUGGUCGAUCUGCUGCUGCAUAGCUGCGAUGCGCUUCGAAGCCCGCACAGGGGCGGC